ACCCAGCAGGACAGCGCCCCCUGUGGGCCGCACCCCCCCUCGUCACCGUGCCCCCUGUGCACCCAGCGCCUUCCUCAGGGGCAGCCCCAGCCCGCAGCAGGUGCAGGGCCAUAUGGCUGUGGGGCCUGUGAGCUGGGCCUGGAGGAGGAGGAAGGGGGGGCGGCCGGGGGGCAGGCCCCGGCGGCCGCCCCCCACGACAACAAACCGUUCAAGUGCCAGCUCUGCCGCUCGGCCUUUCGCUACAAGGGCAACCUGGCCUCCCACCGUGCCGUCCACACUGGUGAGAAGCCAUACCGCUGCGGAGUCUGUGGGGCCCAGUUCAACCGGCCGGCGAACCUCAAAACCCACUCGCGGAUCCACUCGGGUGAAAAGCCCUUCAAGUGUGAGACCUGCGGCUCCAGCUUCGUGCAGGUCGCCCACCUCCGGGCCCACGUGUUGAUCCACACGGGCGAAAAGCCCUACCCUUGUGAGACAUGUGGGACCCGCUUCCGACACCUACAGACCCUCAAGAGCCACAUCCGGAUCCACACGGGCGAGAAACCGUAUCAGUGCGAGACCUGCCACCUGCACUUCCGGCACAAGAGCCAGCUGCGCCUGCACCUGCGGCAGAAGCACGGGGCCGUCACCAACACCAAGAUCCGCUACGCGGUGCUGGCCGGCCCCUCCGGUGCCCGCUGCUGAACAGGGACCGCGCUUCCUCCCCCUCCCACCAGGGGGUAGGAGAGAGAUGCCGCUCCCCACCCCCACAUCGCAUUGGUGCGUCCUUCGCUCCUGCCAGCAGGGGGCGCUGUCUCGGGGUAGGGGAAAUUCCCAUCCUAUCAGGAGGGGCCCGCUGGUUGUGAACCCCUUUCAUAGCACGUGUUGUCCUGCGGUGUCUGGGCUGGGGGCUAUGGGACAUGGGGGGGCCCAGUCUCUCUGGUCUAUGGAGGACCCAACUCCGUGUGUGUGUGGGGGGGGGGUGUAUAUGCACCCUGUGUUUUGAAGUGGGUCUGCCAUUUUUCCCCCCCUCCAGCUGGGGAGGGAACCCAGGAGUCCUGGGUCCCAGCCCCUCCUGC